GUCUGGGCUUCUCUAGCCUGUGACUACCCCUCCAUUAUGGCAUCCUUGAUCUCGAGCGAGCGUGCCUUUUCCUCAGCAGGAAUCACAACUAGCAAGCGUCGGAGCCAGUUGAAAGGUGACAUUGUUGAAGCGCUACAGGGACUGAAGUGUUUAAUCCGGCAGGAUCUU